CAAAGGAAGGGCGGGAAAAGAGGGCAAAGUCGAUGAUGCCCUAGUUUUCUGGGGCAUCGGCUCGUCCUAGAUAUGCUCAGGGUGCUCUCAAACUCCAUUGGAGCCCCAUUUUGAUGCUCUAUGCUUCGCCAUGUGGGACGACGACGACGAUUUCCAGAACCCUGGCCAAGUUCUUUCUCUCGUCCAGAAGAACCCUAUUAUUUCAUCCCUUCAGAAAACCUCCAUAAAUCCCAUCUCCCAACCUCUGAGGCCUUCUAAUGGUACCCGGUCAUCCAGGAAGACGAAGCGCUCGACCGGCGCUGGGAAAGAAAAUUCCAAAUCUUCUUCCUCUGUCAAUGAGAAAAGAGAUUCGGGAGUGGAGAAGGGUUCCGGACUGACUUCAACGAAGUCUGGCUUAUUGGAAUCAAACGCAGAUUUCAGCAGGAAUUGCCGUUCUGGCAUCGAUAGCAGUUUUAGGGCCGAAGCAAGUAUUUCUGUGAAUGCUAUUUCCGUUGAGCGCAAUGAAGGAAAGAGAUUUGAAAUGGAGGCGAGUUGUUUGUUAAAUUUAAAUUCAAGCAAGAAUGGCUGUUCUACUUCAACCGUCGAUAAUGAAGUUUCUGCUUUCGAUUCAGCGGAGUCGCAGUUAUUAGAUCCAGUCACAAGUUGCAGUUGUAGAGCUGAAGAUGAGUUUGUGGGUGGGGAUGGUGUUUCGACUGGUUGUGAUGAUAAAGGACUCAGAUUGGAGAAUGGUUAUUUAUCGAAUUCAGUUGAAUCAAGGUUAUUAGUUUCAAGAGUAGAAAGCAAUUCCCUUGCGGAUGAUAGUAGCUUUGAAGAUAAUGAUGUCGAUGAUUUUGAGCCAGGUACACAGCUCAAUGUGUUAAUGAAGUUGUGUUCAGAAAUUGAUGAAAUAGAAAAGUCAAACGGAACUGACUCUUGGAAGGGAGAUGGUUCAGGCGAUAGUUUGGUUGAGUGCCCUUUAUGUGGAAUUGACAUUUCGGGUUUGGGCGAGGAACAAAAACAUGCUCACACCAAUGGUUGCCUUGACCGAGAGGAAGAGCAACACGUCCAGACCACCAAUUGUUUUCACAGUGAUGAGAUUCAGAAGGCAAAGGUUGUUCCUCCUUGCAGUGACACAAGAGUUCAAUCUCCAAUGCGAGAUGUUGAUGUCUCCCCUGUUCUUGAAUGGCUGCGUUGCUUAGGUCUGUCGAGAUAUGAUGAAGCUUUUGUUAGAGAAGAAAUUGAUUGGGACACUCUGCACUGGCUGACAGAAGAGGAUCUCUUCAGUAUGGGAGUUACUGCACUUGGUCCCAGGAAAAAGAUUGUCAAUGCACUUACUGAACUCAGGAAAGGAAGCACGCGCACAGAAGACAUACAAACCAGCAUGGACGAUGCUUCUAGAGUUAAAGUCAACCGUAACUGUAAACUAUCUGGCAAUAAGUUGAUUACAGAGUACUUCUUAGGUUCUUCUGUUGACAGGAAGAGAGAUUGUGCACCCUCUGUUGCACGUGGGUUAGGAGAAAGCAAAACAGGUUCUGUUCAUAAAUGGGUUGUUGGCAGAAGUCAUGUCAGGAACGAAAAGCUGAAAGACACUCCUUCAUGGUGUUGCAUACCAGGGACACCAUUCCGAGUGGAUGCUUUCCGAUAUUUGAGGGGCAAUUGUUCCCAUUGGUUUCUCACCCAUUUUCAUAUUGACCACUAUCAGGGCCUUACAAGAAGUUUCUGUCAUGGGAAGAUAUACUGCUCCUCAAUUACAGCACGGCUUGUGAAUUUUAAAAUAGGGAUUCCAUGGGAUAGAUUACAGGUCUUGCCACUCAACCAGAAGAUCACCAUUGCUAAUGUUGAUGUAACUUGCUUUGAUGCAAACCACUGUCCUGGUUCCAUAAUUAUUCUCUUUGAGCCACCCAAUGGUAAGGCAGUUCUACAUACGGGGGAUUUCCGAUUUAACGAGGACAUGAAAAGCAUAUGUGUUUUGCAGAGUUGUCCCAUCCACACCCUUAUCCUUGAUACCACUUACUGUAACACCCAGUAUGACUUUCCAAAGCAAGAGGCAGUGAUACAGUUUGUCAUCGAGGCCAUCCAGGCUGAAGCUUUCAACCCCAAAACUCUCUUUCUGAUUGGUAGUUAUACGAUUGGAAAGGAACGGCUGUUCUUGGAGGUUGCACGAGUUUUGCAUAAAAAGGUCUAUGUUGGAGCAGCAAAGUUACGUCUUUUAGAAUGCUUGGGGCUUCCGGAGGCGGACAUGCAGUGGUUUACUAAAAAUGAACAAGAGAGUCACAUUCAUGUCGUGCCUAUGUGGACAAUUGCAAGCUUCAAGAGGAUGAAGCAUCUAUCCUCUCAAUACUCGGUAGGCGUGCAAUUUCCUACUUUUAAAGGGAACGUUAAACAAUAGAUUUUAUUAUGUAUG